AUGCAAAUGUUAAUAAAAAAAAAGCAAAAUAAAUAUAAUAAGAAAAAAAAUAAUCAUAAAGAAAAGAAGAAAUAUAAAGAUAAAGUGACUAAAAUUAAAAGAGAAAAUAAAGAAGAGGAGGAUAAAAAAGAUGAUGAAAAAAAAGAAACACAAAAAAAACUUAAAAAACCAGCUGAAGAUGUAACAGUAUUUACCUCCGCCAUCGAUCCUUAUGAUGUUCCUUUACAAUGGUGGGAAACCGAACAUAUAAGAUAUGCAAUAAAUUAUCCACCAGUUAAAUUUCGAUUAGAGAAAGUGAUGGGAAGUCAUAUUGUACGAUUAACUGAUCGUAAGUAUAUGAUACUUCUUAUGGCUAAACUUUAUGAAGAUCAUGUAGAACAACAAAAUAUUCGUAUCGAGAAGAGAAAGUUGCCACUGCCAUCGAUGAUGUCUCGAUUAUUAGAAAUUUCUUAUAAAACACUUUUUGAAAAGAUGCAAGAAUCUGGAUAUGGUAAAUUAAAACUUUAUGAAUAA